UGUUUCAUGACCCGCAUGUCACUCUAACUUUCACUCUCCAUCUUCUUCCUUGCACCUUUCAUGUUUAUGGCACUCUUCUUCUUCAUCAUCAUCAUGGAUCUGUCUCAUAGAAAAUCAUCAUCAUCUUCCAGCAUCCCUUUCGCACGCGCAUAAUUUCCACGAAACGCCGCGUUUCGCUGUUCACGCGCCAAUUGCGGUUCCGUCACCUAUUCUUUUUCUCACAUCUCGUCCUCUGAAACCAUGGCGCAUUGGAUCUCCUCCAAACUUAAAGCCGCAGAGAACAUUCUCCACCAGAUCGAUCAGCAAGCGGCUGAAUCGCUUCGCAAGAACGAGAGGCUUCGAUCCGAGGAGGAACCGAGCAUUGAUGCUCCCGCGAAAUCAUUGAGCAGUUUGUCACUGAAGGAUCAAUUGAAGAAGAAACCCUUUGAGAGUAAUGAAUAUCACGGAAAACUGCGCAGUGAUCCCAAUUUUAAUGGGCUUAAAGCUACAGCAAGUGCACCCAAACUAUCUCCCAAAUCUGGUCCUACCCUUACAGAUGAUGAUUGGACUGAGCUCCUAAGUGCACCUGCUCAGUCUAUAGCUUCUGCUUCUGGGGGAAAUCAUAGUAAUGGGUUACCUGCACCUCGUGGUUUGAGCAAAAAUAGUAUUAGAAAGAAGAAGGGUUUGUCUUCAGGGUUGUUGGUGUCGGAUGUGACGAGGAAUUCAAAGAGUGGUAACAAUGGUCAGAGGUCUUUGCAGAAAUCAGACUCUGCAAAAGAAGUUAAAUUGAGUGGAAAAGCCAGUGAUGAUGGGAAGGAAUCCACCUCUUCAACUUCGACGGGGAGGAGCUCGGCUGUAGAAUCGGAGAGUGAUAGUAAAUGGGGUAAAGGCCUGAAGUAUGCUGACAAUGACAGUUCUGAGAAGCCUGUGGUUGAUGAAAAGGGAAAUGAAGAAAAUGAGCACCAUGUUGAUUAUUGGGACAUUUCUCCACCAGAAUUGUUGCAGGAAGACGACAAAACUUUGGCUGCAGAAACCAUACCAGGAUUGGGGGUUGAUAAGGACCAAGAAGCUACGACUGUGGUAGACGUUGAUGGCAGUCAAAUGAGAAGUGCGGUAAAAGGGAGGCAUAAGCUUAAUUCAGUCUCUGAUGAUUUGAAAAGGGGUUCUCCCGUGGCUAGUGAUGGAAGUUCUGAUUCAGAUACAGAUUCUGGUUCAACAUCUGAUUCUGAAAGUGAACAUGAGAGGGAGGAAAGGAGGAGGAGGAGGGAAAGGAUUUUGGCUGAGAAAGCAGCAGCUAAAGCAAUAAAUGCUAUCAAAGAACGGGAGAAUAUGGUGGCCAAAUUAGAGGGAGAGAAGGAAAGUCUAGAGAAAAUACUUGAGGAGCGAGCUAAACAACAAGCACAAGAGGCUUCACAGCUUGAGAGCACUAUGAUGGAAACAAUGGAAGCAGUUGACUUAGAAAAGCAGAAACAUAAUAAUACUAGAAUGGAAGUUCUUGCACUUUUAGCUAAACUGGAGACUGCCAAUGCUGACCUUGCAAGAUCCCUUGCAUCUGUGCAGUGGAACCUUGAAGUAGAGGUUAAACAAGUAGCAGAACUCAGACAGCAAAUCACGACAAAAGAGUUGUUUCAUGAAGAGCUCAGAAGGAGAAUGAAGAAUCCUCGUCAAACUGGGGCUUUACACAAUCAACUAGCUUCAAAAGGCGUUGAGUUUGAACGGGAAAUUCUUGAGGCAGAGCACUCUUUAAUUAAUGAUAAAGUUGCACAAUUGCAGGAAAAGGCAAGGAAGCUGGAAUCUGACAUUGACAUUACAAGGAAAGAAAUAGAAGAGCCAACAGAAAUUGAAGUUGAGCUCAAGCGAAGGCUUCAACAGAUGACUGACCAUUUAAUACAGAAACAAGCAAAGGUUGAAUCACUCUCUUCUGAGAAGGCAAGUCUUGUAUUCAGAAUCGAGGCUGUGUCAAGGUUGCUGGAUGAGAAUAUGUCAGCAUCAAAUAUGAAUCCUGCCUCUUCAUCAAGUGACUUAGAAUCAGGAUUAUGGGAGCUCUCCAAUUCGAAGUUGAAGCCUAUGCUGAAAGCCAGAUAUCAUUCUGGCAAGAGACAGCUUGGAUCAUUGGUUCAACAACUAGAUAAUAUUUUUGUGACUGGUGCACUUUUCCUGAAAAGGAACUCAACUGCAAAAUUGUGGGCUUUGGUAUAUCUUGUCUGCCUUCAUUUCUGGGUGUUUUAUAUUCUAGUAUCACAUUCUGGCCCAUCAAAUGAGGGUAGAUCCGGUGCCCAGAUCUCCUUGGAGAACAUUAAUAACACUGGAGGAGUAUGAUUGUGUAUUUACUUAUGUCAUUCACCGCAGCUUUUAGGAGGCCCUCAAUACAUUGGAUAUAUUUUGUUACGCCAGAGUAUAUUAAGCACCUGCAGUGGACACGAUGUAGGAAUGCCGGUACCACACUAUGACCAGAUAUAUACAGGACUGCAUGGCUUCCUAUUUCGAUGAAUUACUUUUCUUUGACGUUGUGAAACUUCAUUGAUAUGGAGGGACUCCAUCAGAGAGGAGCAAUGUCCCGCUAUUUGUAUUGACAAAAUGGCUUUGAAUUUUGAAUGCUGAUCUAAGAUGACAAGUUUUCGUAGCAGCCUCGCAGGGAUUGUAUAAGUUUAAGUAACAAUAAGCAUUUUGUAUGUACAGAGUAGCGACAGUUGUAAUCACAGAAUAAGCCUCUCAUCAGUGAGUAACUUGAAGAGUCAUGGAUGCGACCUCUGUUGUGACCUUAGCAUUAGUAACCAGAGGUGCCCCAUGCAGUGUCGAAAUUACUAUAUCUUGAAUUUGUAGAGAAAGAAAAAGAAUCCAUUUUUUUUUAGUAUAUACACUUAUUAAAAUAUUAAUAAAUGUUUGUUCAUUUUGAAA